CGCAGUGGGGCGUGACGUUCUCGCGGUUCAAUUGCGUCCUUUUUGGCUGCUUUCGCUCUCCCCUAUCGAGUUUCGUUGGUUCCCAUCACUCGAACUCUGCAUUCGCCCCACAGCACCGAUGGCGGCUGAGUGUGAGAGCCCGCUGACGCCCCACAUCCCCACGUACUCGCGGCUCAACCCGUCGCUGCACCGCACCGACAUCAAGCUGGGCCCCAUUGCCGGAUCUACAAUCAUGCUUAGGCGCCGCAAUGCCAUGCUGGUCAAGGUGACGGUCACCGUGACGGAGGGUGCCGAGAAGGACGGCUGCGCAUGCAACGGUGAGGAUGGCAAGAAGGUCAAGGACACUCCCACGGACAUCAACCAGGUACAUCCACACAGGCGGGCGUGGAUGCAGUGGCCAUCAAUGCGUCGUUUUGCAAUGCAUUCUUUGUUCAAUGAUUUGUCCUGUGGGUCAGGUUGGCGCCAAGGCUGUGGUGCAGUACUCCAAGGCCUCGUGUGUGUCGGGCUCGUCGACUGCCGCUACAACGCCACGCGACGGCAAGAGCGGCGUCUCCCUCGUGGCAUGAUCGAAGAGAGACAUUCAAGAAACAAGACGUAGUAUGGAAGAGAGAAGUGCGAUGCAUAGCAGAGGGUCCACUGCAUGUGAGCUGCAAUGGCGUGUUGGCGGCAAUGUGUUCCUUGCUGCUGCCCGCGGUCCUUGUGUGGAACGACUCAUCCGUGUGUAUGCGAUGUGUUUGUCUUGCUGGACGGAUGGAUGGCUCGAUUCACGCAAAGCGAAAUCCUUAUGGACGGACGUUUCAAUCAAACAGACUUUAAUGCCCUUUCUCUCUCUUGUGUUGUCGAGCCGACCAGUCACACAAUACAUUGACAUAUUGCCUUCACCAUCGAUGUGCUGG